AUGGCCACAGAAGAACCCAUUGUCGCCGCGGAAUCCGUUCCCGAACCAAUUGUCACCGAACCAACAACAGUCACCGAACCUCAGGUCCCGGAGAAGGAGGAACCAAAGGCUAAAGGAAAGAAGACGAAGAAAACUAAGGAAUCAAAACCUAAGAAAUCUUCGAAACCGCGAAACCCUGCUUCACACCCUACUUACGAAGAGAUGAUUAAGGAUGCAAUAGUGUCGCUGAAGGAGAAGAAUGGUUCGAGCCAAUAUGCAAUAGCAAAAUUCAUAGAAGAGAAACAGAAACAGCUUCCUGCUAACUUCAAGAAGCUAUUGCUCCAAAAUUUGAAGAAGAAAGUUGCUUCUGGAAAGCUUAUUAAGGUUAAAGGUUCAUUCAAGCUUUCAGCAGCGGCCAAAAAGCCUGCAGUCGCCAAGCCGAAGACAAAGCCCGCUGCCAAGGCAAAGGCUGUGAAGGCCAAGCCGGCUGCUAAGCCAAAAGCUAAACCCGUUGUUAAACCAAAGGUUGCUUCAAAGUCCAAAUCUGUUACUACCAAUCCGAAAACGGCUGCCGCCAAGCCGAAAGCUUCUGCCAAACCCAAAGCUGCUGCUAAGCCUAAAACUGUUGCUAAGGCAAAAGCAGCUGUGAAACCGAAGCCCAAGGCAAAGCCUGCAAAGGUAGCAAGGACAUCCGCAAAGACGACACCAGGAAAGAAAGUGGCUGCUGCAAAGAAAGCUCCAGUGAAGAGUGUGAAAUCUCCAGCAAAGAAGGCUUCCGGUGUGAAGAGAGGAGGAAGGAAAUGA